GAAAGGAUGGUACAAGAGCAUUUGUAACAGGACAGUUUGAUGCCGAUGGUCUGAUUCCAGAAGUAGAUGGUCUUUCCCACCAAGACUAUUUAGGACUUGAAGAAUGGGAGAAAUUCUACAAGAAAGAUUAUAAAUAUGUUGGUAAGGUGCGGGGUUGGUUUUAUGAUGAACUAGGAAAACCCACUGAAAAGAUUCAUGCUUACCGCAAGGCCCUAAAGAGUGCACAUCAGUGGAAGCAGGCACAAGCAGAUGAAAAGAAAAUAUAUCCACCGUGCAAUUCUGAAUGGUCACAGGACAAAGGCGGUCGCGUCUGGUGUUCAACAAAGAGUGGUGGUAUUGAAAGAGACUGGGCGGGUGUGCCGCGGAAACUGUUUAAGCCAGCCAGUGGUCAGUAUCGCUGCGCCUGUAUUCGCACGACCGGACCAGCGUCUGACCGACCAGAGGCUGCAGACCAUGACGAUCGCGGAGAUCUAGACAACCCCAACCUCAAGGAGUAUGAUAACUGCGACUCCGUAGUGGAAAGCUGCCCAUUGCCCAACGAAUAAUGUGCAUAUAGCAUCAUCAGGUGAACAGGGUUUGGCAUUGGUUAGCUAUGCAGGUGGCCGGUUGCCUUCAAACACAAUUCCAUGUAGUGCUGGAACACCCACCCUUUUCUGUUUCAUUAGCAAUAACAUUUCUAACCUGCAACGUUUCUUGACUGUGAUAUGGUUGCAUAUACACAUUCCUGUCUGUUAGAAAGAAUAGUGUGUGUGCAAGUGCAAGAUUGCACAGGCACUGAGCUUGCUGUUGAAAUCAUGAAAAUACUUGAUCAUAUCAUGAAAAAUAUGAUAGUUGCAUACAGCUAUUAAGUGCAAAUAUUGCUCAAAGCUCUCGUACCGGUGACGAAGAGUGUGUGACAUGAUUUAGCUGUUAUCAAACAUGUACGGCUAGUAGGAAGAGUAUUAAAUUAGGAUGGUGAUUUUGCUACAACGUUUUCCGUGUACCCAAUCUUCACAUGGGGUAUCUAAGAAUAUAUUGUUAUAUUUACUGUCUUCUCUAUACGUUGUAAAUGCUAGGCUUAGUGAAGGUUUCACUAGCGUAAAACAUUUGCUUAUUAGCUGGGGAAUAUUGAAGCAAUAUUGAAGUUCUGUGGGACUAAAUGAGUACACACCCUAUUAACACCUAUAAUUGGUCAUCGGUGUAACAAGAAAACAUGACUAUUAGAGUCAGAUUUCCUGUACAUGUGCGGCUGGAUCGUUAGUGGUAAAAUCUUUUAAUGUUGCACUAAGAUGGUUUAAGUCAGUUAUAAAAUAAUGUCCUAUUGCCCUAUUGUUGAUCUCUCUCUCGCUCUCCCUAUAUACAUACAUAUAUAUAUAUAUAUACACAGAUAUAUAUAUA